AUGUGUGAGCAAAAGAGUGAAGUUGAACAUAAAGAAGAUGACAAGGCUGAAAAUCAAAGAACUUCUCAAGUCAUCUAUCCUCCACCACCUUUUCCCCAAAGGCUUCAAAGGCAAAAGCUUGAAAAGCAAUUUCAGAAGUUCAUUAAUGUCUUCAAGAAAUUACACAUAAAUAUUCCUUUUGCUGAAACUUUGGAACAAAUGCCUAACUAUGCCAAGUUUUUGAAAGACAUCCUCUCCAAAAAGAGAAAGCCAGAAGAAAAUCCCAAUGAUCCUCUUGAAGCAUGUUUUGUUGCUAAUUCUGACAGGGAUGAUGAUGAAUUUAUUGAAUAUUCAAAUUUAUUAAAUGUUCACUCCAGACUUAGAACUAAUAAUCAAUAUGAGUCUUUAUAUGUUUCAGCUUCUUUGAUGCUAGCUUCUAAGCCCUCCAUUGAGGAACCACCUACUUUGGAACUCAAACCUCUACCUGCACACUUGAGGUAUGCUUUUCUUGAAAAAUCUUCUACUCUUCUAGUUAUUAUUUCUACCUCUCUUACUAACAUGCAAGAGAAGAAGUUAUUGAGGACACUUAGAGAAUUCAAGAAAGCAAUAAGGUGGACCAUAGCUGAUAUUAAGGGAAUUAGCCCUUCUGUUUGCAUGCACAAAAUUCUCCUUGAGGAAAAUCACAAAGCCAUAAUUGAACAGCAAAGAAGAUUGAAUCCCAUCACGAAAGAAGUAGUCAAGAAAGAAAUCAUCAAAAGGUUAGAUGCUGGAAUAAUUUAUCCUAUCUCUGAUAGCUCAUGGAUAAGUCUAGUUCAAUGUGUUCCUAAGAAAGGAGGAAUGACUAUGGUUGCCAAUGACAAUAAUGAGCUCAUUCCAACAAGAACUGUGACUGGAUGGAGAGUGUGCAUGGACUACGGCAAGCUCAACAAAGCUAUAAAGAAAGAUCACUUCCCUCUUCCAUUCAUUAAUCAAAUGUUGGAUGGCUUUGCUGGUAAGGAAUAUUAUUACUUUCUAGAUGGUUAUUCUAGUUAUAACCAAAUUGCUAUUACUCCUGAAGAUCAAGAAAAGACUACAUUUACAUGUCCUUAUGACACUUUUUCUUUUAGAAGAAUGUCAUUUGGAUUAUGUAAUGCACCUACCAACUUUCAGAUGUAUGAUGGCCAUAUACACAAACAUGGUGGAGAAAUAUUUGGAGAUAUAAUAGAGGAGGAAAGGUCUGAAGAGAAGGAUGAGAAUGAUUCAAAUGAUGACGAGAGAGAUGACUCGGUUUCAUUAUCUGCAUUUAUGAAGCUAAAACCUCCAUCCUUCACUAGUUUCACAGUGGGAGAAGACCCACGUAGAAUUUUGGACACCAUGGAAAGGAUCUGUCACGCUUUAGGAGUUUCGAGCACGAGGUCAGUAAUAUUGGCUAGUUUUCGUCUAAAGGAUGUAGCACAAAAAUGGAUUACGUCAUAUAUGUAA